AUGCCUACUUACUUCACAUCCUCCCCCGGAAAGGUCAUCCUCUUUGGUGAACAUGCCGUCGUCUACGGCAAGGUGGCGACGGCAGGCUCGUUGGGUCUUCGUUCGUAUGCUUUGGUCCAGACUAGGGAGGACAAGAAGAUCGAGGUCAACUUGCCAAAUGUUCAGCUUGCUCGGUCCUGGAACAUCAAUGACGUCCCCCGUCAGGCUCGCUGGGAAGGAUACCCAUACCCACCACAAUCAAUGAACACAGACCUCCUCGACCAACUCACAAAAUUCGUCGACCUGGGCAACCAAACCAACAGAUCCCAAGCUGCCAUUGCACUCCUCUACCUCCACUCCUUCCUCACCACCGAUGAGACCCUCGCCCUGGGAUACGACUUUGUGGUCCGAUCCAACCUCCCCGUCGGCGCAGGGUUGGGAUCCUCUGCAUCUUACAGCGUCUGUGUCGCGACCGCCUUGUUGCAAUUGAAUGGAUACUUGUCGGCAGGGACGGGACUGGAUGUGGCUGCUCAGCGGGAUUUAGUCAACCAGUGGGCGUUCCAGGCAGAAAGGGUCAUUCACGGGAACCCAAGUGGUAUCGAUAACACUGUCUCUACGCUCGGAGGCGCUGUCAUGUUCAAGAAGGGUGAGAAGAUCGAGCCCUUGCCUGGAUUCCAGUCGCUCAGAUUCCUUUUGACGAACACUCGUGUCCCAAGAGAGACACAAGUCCAGGUCGCCAACGUCAGGAAAUUGCACGACAAGUUCCCAACGGUAGUGAACCCAAUGCUGGACGCCAUCAACGAGAUCAGCAACUCUUGCAAGGAUAUCUUUAGUCAGGACGGAUUGGACAGAUCCCACCUACUCACUCGAUUUGGUGAAUUGGUGGAUGUGAACCAUGGGUUGUUGGCUGCAUUAGGCGUCUCUCACCCAUCACUGGAGAAGGUCCGUGAGAUCUCCUCGAAACUCGGUCUCAAGUCCAAGUUGACGGGCGCUGGAGGAGGAGGUUGUGCAUUGACCUUGAUCCGCGAUGAUGUCACACCAGAGACAGUGGCGGUUGUGAAACAGUUGCUGGAGGCAGAAGGAUUCCAAUGCAUGGAGACCAGUGUAGGAGGACCAGGAGCUGGUAUCUUGACCCUCACCCACCCAACCACCAUCGCUGAAUUCCUCGCCCACGACAAAACCUACUUUGAUACCACCCAGAACUGGACCUACUUUGUCUAA